CACCACCGAAGUAAACGAAGGAGUCGUUUUGUUUUACGCGGAAACGACUUGACGACAACAAAUAGUGCUAAUGUUUUUAUUUGCGUACACGUUACUUAUUCCGUCUACUGACAAAAUACUACUAAAGUCCCAUAACAGUAUGCAGACGUCGCUGUAAGAGCUGCCGCGGCUAACUACGGCUCUGUGGCUAAGCUACCACUGUUUGACCUGGUUGAGAGCGGCUCCUUUACGAUUAACAGAGGAGCUGUCGGUUUCCAGUCAAUGGCCUGCACUCUGGAGAAAGUGCUGGGCGAUGCUCGGACUCUUCUGGAGCGGCUGAAGGAGCACGACACGGCCGCCGAGGGGCUGAUCGAGCAGUCCGGGGCCCUGAGCCACAGAGUGCACAGUAUGAGAGAGGUGGGAAAUGCUCUUCCAGACAAGCACAUUGAAGACAGUUCUGAGAUUCAGGAGCUCACGAAGUACAAGCCUCAUGUCCUUCUGACUCAGGAAAACACUCAAAUCAAGGAACUACAGCAGGAAAAUAAAGAACUAUGGUUGUCUCUUGAAGAACACCAGUAUGCACUAGAGCUGAUCAUGGGUCGGUACCGCAAGCAGAUGCUACAGCUGAUGAUGGCAAAGAAGGAGCUGGACACUAAACCUGUGCUGAGCCUCCACGAGGACCACGCAAAAGAGGUGCAGACCCAGGUGGAACGGAUAUGUGAGAUGGGUCAGGUGAUGAGACGGGCCGUGCAGGUGGAUGAUCAGCACUACUGCUCUAUACGAGAGAGGCUCGCCCAACUAGAGAUUGAGAACAAGGAGCUGCGAGACCUCCUGGACAUCAGCAAGGGAUCAGUGAAGAUAGCAAGAGAAGAAACCAGCCAGCCAGCAGCAGCAGCACAAGAACAAGAACAGUCUCUUCAGCUGGAGUCCCAUGAGUGAUCACAACACCCUCAGUGUGAAUUUAGUUGGGGCAACAAGAAGUCCAUCAGGACAAGGAGAGAGGGUUGAUGUCGUCCUCACCUGUGCUCACCACCAGAUUACUUUUACAUAGAUGGAAUGCUGUCAAACAGCUUCCUUUUUUAUCGUGAAGGUCACUUCAUCACAACGUUGAGACUAUCAGAAGCAUUUACCGGAUGAUAGCUAUUUUAAGUAUUCACAUGUACAGUAAGUGUAUGAUCACUGUAGUCGUGUUGAAGUGAAUUCCACAUAAACUAUGACUUUAAAUAAGGGGUCUUGGUUGUCAGUGACAUAUUUCAGACAUACACAUCUACCGGCUUAAAGGCAGGAAAGGCAGAGGGGAUUUCUUUUAUCUUCCAAAGAUACAUUUUCUCUUCAAGGACACAGUUUCUACCUCUUUGGUACCCCUUUGCUGUUAAAACACAGGCACAACGAGUAAAACCCUUACAACCACCCUUCUUAUGAGUUCACUUGAAAUCUAUUGAGAAGCCAACUUGUAGUUCACACCAUGUGAGAAGCUGUGCUUGCUGCCAAGAAGAGGACUUUUGGUAGUUUCACACUGUUUUCCUCCUGAGGAGUGACAGUGGAAUCUUUGUAUGUGAUUGUCAUUUUAUGAAUUUGAUACAUUUGUCAGUCCCCAAUAUAUAACAUGAUUUUCAUGUUUGGUAUCUUGAUUCUGUGUGUUCAACACCAGUUUUGUAAGUUUCAGAUGCAGCGUAAUGUGCACCAGCCGAUGGCACAUGUUUGUUAGUGGUAAUAAUUUCAAAACAUGGCAACUUUUUGUGUGAUAAAUCCCACAUUUUGCACUGUAUGUUGUCAGAAACUAUAUAUUGUCAUCUCAGGUAAUCAGUGUUAAUAAGGUUAACAUGCUGUAAUGACUUCAAACAGUGUACUGAUUUGUGUCAAAUGAAAUUUCAUUCAGAAACUUUGCAAUACAAAAUUGUGCAUCUGUA